UUCACGAAAACAGUACAGUGAUUUAUACCAGGGUUGGGUGCUGUAGUGGUAAUGACUGCAAGAGUGCAGAAAAGUGCAAAAGCAAUUUGCAGCUAGACUUACGACAAUAUCAACCCCGUUCCCGGUGGUAAAAUUGACCUCCUCCUUGGGCACGGCGUUUGUUGUGAAAAAACUGCCCGUGGUCUAGUUCUGUAUCGACCGCCUGCCGCUAGGAAGAACGUGUGUACGCAGUGUGGUUUUUGAGGUGGCGACCGUUCGGUGAACGGCAAAAAUGUACCAGAGUGCUUGCAGUGCAGCUGCUGGCGGUUGCUCCGAACCGGAGCGCCACGAUCGGGAUGGAUUGAUAACUCACGAGACGGCCGUGGCCCCGGUCGAGCACGAUUACAGCGGGUUCGACAUAGUAAAAGCCACACAGUAUGGUGCGAUAGCGCGCGUGAAGGAACUCAUUGAGGCGGGCUGGGAUGUGAAUCAACCAGACAGCGAAACGGUCACACUCUUGCACUGGGCUGCGAUCAAUAAUCGAAAAGAUAUUAUCAAAUAUUUUCUCGAUAAGGGUGCGAUAGUGGACGCGGUGGGCGGAGAACUAAAUGCCACUCCACUGCACUGGGCCACACGUCAGGGUCAUUUGGGUGCGGUAGUGCUGCUGCUGGCAGCCGGUGCCGAUCCGAGCAUUCGCGACGCCGAAGGAUGCUCCUGCAUUCACCUUGCUGCCCAAUUCGGCCACACCGCACUGGUGGCAUACUUUAUCGCUCGUGGCGUAAAUCCCGACCUGCAGGAUCGUGGCGGUAUGACGGCACUGAUGUGGGCAGCCUGGAAGAUUUCCGCGCUCGAUCCCGUCCGCCUGCUGCUGACCCUCGGCGCCAAUCCGAGCCUGGCAGAUCACACCCACGGCAAUACGGCACUCCAUUGGGCCAUCCUUGCGCGCAAUGCCACCGCCGUCAGCACACUCGUCCUGAAGGGUAAAGCAAACAUGGAGGUGCCGAACUUGCGUGGCGACACUCCUCUUACCAUGCUCCAGCCACACCUUGGCUCAAUCUGGAUUGGGUCGAAGGUUUCCGACCGCAUCCGAGAACUUACACAGCAAUCCCAGCGUCGCAAUCCGUUCGUCCGCAUGACCCUCGACAAGCGGUUCCGCUGGUGGACCAUGAUCGCCACGCCGUUCCUCGUGUUCUACCUGGCCGGGCUGAUCUUCUGCGCCGACACGCUGAUCAUCAUCAAGGUGUUUCUUAUUGGGUGCCUGUAUGGAGUGGCACAAACGGUGGGACAGCAUUUGUUCGACGAAAACUUGAUGGCGCUGCUACCGCUCAGCGUGUAUAUGGCCACCAAGUUAUGGUUCUACGUUACCUGGCUCACCUACAUCGCACCGACCGUUUCCUUCCUGGCCUCGCUCGCAUUUCUCACAUGCAGUGCCGGACUGUGGGUUUGCUUUCUCAAAUCUUGGCGCGGCAAUCCCGGCGUCAUACAACCAACGCAAGAGCAACGAUUUAGGACCAUUAUUGAACUUUCGGAACGUGGUGCUACCGGCUUCGAACCGGCAGCCUUCUGUUCCGCUUGCUUGGUACGCCGACCGGUGCGUUCGAAGCACUGUUCCGUGUGUGACCGAUGUGUGGCCCGUUUCGAUCACCAUUGCCCAUGGGUUGGCAAUUGCAUCGGGGCCAAAAACCAUAAACACUUCAUGGGUUUCCUAUGGAUGCUACUAGUCAUGUGCGCCUGGAUGCUAUACGGUGGUGCAAAUUUUUACGUACAAACAUGCGACUUCAACAUGGACGGUGGUAUGCUUGCGUUAAAUAGGAAGCUCGUGAACGAGUUCGUUGGUAACGCUGUAUUUCGUUUUUCAGGAUUAUGGUCCGCACUCGUCGCCAUUGGUUCGUGCAACCCGUGGGUCGGCUGGGUCAUGGGCAACGCACUCCUGCACAUGUCCUGGGUCACUGUGCUGACAAUCUGCCAGAGUUACCAGGUCGUCUGCCUCGGCAUGACGACGAACGAACGUUUGAACCGCGGCCGCUACCGUCACUUCCAGGCUAAGGGUGGCAAGAGUCCGUUCAACCGCGGUCCACUGAGGAACCUGUUCGACUUCCUCGAGUGCAGUUGCUGCGGCCUGGUGCAGCCUCAGCGCACCGACUGGAUGCAGUUCUUCGAGUUCGACAAGCACGUCGAGCAUGAGCCACUGCUUCGGCCGGAUAACUUUCAGUACGUCUGAGUUCAGCUGGCGAGCGGUCCGAGCGGACAACAACUACUACCCGAACGAUCGACCACCGCCGCCGCCAAACACGGGCUCCCGGAGGCGGAGGUGCCCACCGAACCCGGAGCGCGAACUGGCGGCCCUGAUGAAAUCCCAGGCCAUCAAUGCGAUGCUGAAGAGUGGCAGCAAAAUGAAACUGUCCUAGCAGUCGAGGGCAGCUACGAGGCGACGCCAGUUUGAGAUGACACGUCGUUGGUUUGGUGGAAGGCAACGUAGGAAGAUGGUACUUCGUUGUUGAAGCCACUUGUGUUAUUUUUUUCUUCGAGAUUACGGCUUGUGCUUCGACGAUUCAUGAAACUCAUCCUCUUUGUUUCCGCUCGUUCGAUUGAGUGUGUGUGUGUUUGAUAAUCGUUUUGCUGAAUAAUUUCAAUUUUCGCCCCAUUCGCUUGAUAUUGUAGGCUUUUUUCGAACGCCAGUAUUUACCCGGCCUACGAUAAGAUACGAAAUGAGAGAUAAUGAUUUUGUUCUAGUUUUGUAUUUGUGUUGUAUCAUUUUUUUACACUUUCAUCACGACAAAGCAACAGCAAACGAAAGGCAUUAGAUAGGAGUUAAGAAUGUAGAAAACGAAGUUAAAUGCGCUUAUACUGAGUAAAUGACGAACAGAAACACAGAAACCAAUGAAACAAAACAAAGGGAGCUGGAGCCGAUAGGUGGCAAGAUGGUUGCAAACUGAACAACUAAGAAAAUGAACACAAACUAGUAGACUCUAAGCAUUAAUGUAACUCGAUAGCACAUGGCAAAUUUGGGAAGGAAAAACAAGAAAAACACACCAAUGUAUAUCGAUGCGAUGGGCACAUGCUCUAAUUUAUGUACGUACGAGUUCGCGCAACAGCAAUACGAAUUCAUUCCAUUAUCGUAUUAAAAACCCCUAUAGUCAGCCCCGAUUGAGUGUGUACAGUUAAACGAAACCCGUAAAGCAUGUCCCAAUGUUCUGUAUGAUCACGACCGUAUUGUUUUACGUUCGUUUUACAGCGGCAAAGAUCAACUUCUGCUGUACAACUUUAAGGCUCUGGAACGGCGUAAGCAAUCCUCAACCGUACUUCCCAUGUAUAAAAGCUUAUGCUCGUUUUGUUUUCGUCUAUCCUUAUUCAUACAGGAGAAUCAAGCAAUAGCGUUGAGUAGUGAUCCCAAACUAACAUGCAAAAAUAUAUAAAUAUACAAAAAUAUAAACCACAUCUAUGUAGAUAGUGUUAAAUUCGUUGACGGUGUUAAAAUCCCCUCCCAAAGAGUGUCGCGACACGAGCAGUGACGAUAUCGAACGAACGAGACGCACAUAAAGAGGUGAAAAAGUGGAUGGUUAUACUAUUGCUGUCGUAGUCAAAUAGAGAUGCAUUAGAAAAUGGAAGGUAGCUACGUUUUGUUCACGCUUUCUUGAUGGCCAGUGCUACGAGAGAAAAAACGCCCCACUAGGAGAGAUUAUAAAUGGCGCCUAGGGGAUACGAUUCUGUACAUUUUUACUUUGGCAUACAGCUUUCUUUUUUAGUAAUAACGUUCCUUGCGCUCACCUAAACCAAGCGCGGUUAGCUAGGUAGCGAUAUGUCUAGCGUACUUCCCUUAGAACGUAUAAUCAGUGUUCGUUGCACUAUUCGUUAACUUUAGUGUAAGGUGAAUGUGGGAAUUUCUAGCGGAAAGCAUACCGUAGCCUGAUUGGAGCUCCUCCAUAUUAUUUUUCUGUAAGAAUUCAUCUCGUGUCGGUCAAGACAGUCCUUAAAAGCGCAUAAGCACAUGGUAGUACAUUUUCGGGCAUAAGUAAGUUUACUGCAGGACGCAUUUAUAAAGCUGGAAUUUCCAUCACAAUUAAGAGAAAUUGACUUUUUUUAUACAUUCAUUUCACAAUAUUUGUUCCAAAAGAACUGUGCUUGUCCAGCAUUUCGUUUAUGAUCCUUGUCCAAUCAGUAAAAUACUCCAUUGUUUAUUAUUGCGUAACUACGGCCAUUCAUCAUUAUUAAAGCCUACGACUGAAACCCUCCUGAAUAUUACCAUUGUCCUGUUACAUAGUUGCACCAAUAAAUUCAAUCACUUAGAACUCCAAGCUUUAAUCGAACCACACAUCAUUUCUGAUACUCUUUCAAUCAGAAAAAAUAUAUUAUAUCCAUUUAUUAACGUCGAAAUAUUUAAAAAGCUGUUGAAGUCUUCUGAUAUCUUGAAAUCUUGUAACACCUUGGAGGCAAUGAAAUGAUUUUGCUACUAACCUUAUUUGCUCGAAUCAAAGUACCUUUUCUUGAAAUUAAAGAAAAAUCGUUCUGCUGAAAUCAUUAAAAUGUCAAUCAAUAAGAUAUGUCCAAUGUGAAGGAGAAGGGCUUAAGAAUGAAACAAACUGUAGUUGAAAUGCGAACAUAACAAGAGGCAACCGAAUCGGUUUUAAUGAGUUCGAUGAAUAAUGUUUUAUUCAUUUUAAUUCUAAAAUAUCUUGCACUUAGGUGCAUGAUGUUCUUUCCAAUGGUAUAGAUUAAACAUAGAAUUAAAGUUACACAUCAUGGAAGUGCUCUCGAUGUCGGCGAAUAAUAACAGCUAUAAAAAUUAAGAGGAAUCACAAAAACAUUAAAGCGCCGUGUAAUAAUUUUCCAUUUGCGCAUGCAUAAGCACACUCGAAAAGGAGACAAAUGAAAAAGUGUACGUUAUAUGGAGUAGGGAGACAAAGCAAAUCGUUCGUAAAUAACUACAUAUAUCUAUUUCUAAUCACAACAAUUGGAGUUCUCUGUCUUCUAUUGCACACCCAAAAG